AUGGUGAAAGGCUCGAGUAACCGCAGGCAACACUCUGCCUCGUUGCAGGGACUUCCCUCAAGCCAACACUGCGCGCCAGUCAUCUCAAUACCUUCGCCACCACCGCCUGCUGAAGACCAUGCAUAUCCACCAUCCUCUUUCACAAUUCCUCUGUCGAAGGACGAAGAAUUGGCAGAGGCCGGACCAUCACGCCCAGGAAGCUCAGCAAUUUCUCGUCGACCAGUCCUUUCACGCAGAAGAACUUCCAAGAAAGAAUAUGUCCACCCGUACCUCUCCGGCAACUUUGCGCCAGUUACAACGGAAUGCCCUCUCACAGACUGUCUCUUUGAAGGAACGAUACCGGAGGAAUUCGCUGGCAGCCAGUACGUUCGCAACGGAGGCAACCCACUUGCCAACUCGGAGCGGGACCGCGAUGCGCACUGGUUCGAUGCAGACGGUAUGCUUGCCGGAGUUCUCUUUCGACGCACCCCGAAGGGGACCAUACAACCAUGUUUCCUCAACCGAUUCAUUCUCACCGACCUCCUGCUCUCGACACCAGAGCAUUCGAGACUACCCUACGUUCCCAGCAUCGCUACGCUUGUCAACCCCCACACCUCUGUCUUUUGGUUGCUAUGUGAGAUCAUCCGCACUUUUGUACUGGCUAUGCUCACAUGGCUCCCAGGCCUCGGUUUGGGUGGCAACCAGAAACUCAAGCGCAUCAGUGUAGCUAACACGAGUGUGUUCUGGCACGAUGGAAAAGCUAUGGCUGGAUGCGAAAGUGGACCACCUAUGCGGAUCAUGCUACCUGGUCUUGAGACCGCUGGGUGGUACACGGGAGAAGAAGACAAGGAGAAGGAAACAUGUGAUAAGAAUAGCGGCAACAGCUUGACUAGUUCCUCAUCGAAAGGAUUUGGCGGAGGCCCACCAAUUGUCAGCAUGCUUCGCGAAUUUACCACAGCGCAUCCCAAAAUCGACCCAAGGACGCAGGAGCUUCUUCUCUACCACAUGUGCUUCGAGCCGCCGUAUCUUCGCAUCAGUGUCAUCCCUGCAUCACAAUCGAAGAAAACGGACCUGCCGGCUCAUGCCAAGACAAUCAAGGGUAAGGCAGUACGCGGUCUCAAACAGCCCAAGAUGAUGCACGACUUUGGCGCCACCGCAACCCAAACCGUGAUCAUCGACGUACCGCUCUCGCUCGACAUGAUGAACCUCGUCCGCGGCAAGCCGAUCUUGCACUACGAUCCUUCUCAACCCACCCGCUUCGGAAUUUUGCCUCGAUACGAACCGGAGCGAGUGCGUUGGUACGAAAGCGCGGAGGCUUGCUGUAUCUACCACACGGCGAACAGUUGGGAUGACGAUGGCAAGUUUGACGCUUCUCACGAGCACGCUACCCGGUCAGCCAUUCGCGGCGUCAACAUGCUCGGGUGCCGGCUCAAUAGUGCGACGCUCGUCUACUCUGCAGGUAAUUUGCUUCCACCAUCGCACGUGCUACCACCUCCGAACUGCCCUGAGAAAUGUCAGCUCUACUACUGGCGUUUCGACCUAGAACAUGCCGAGACCAACACGAUCAGUCACGAAUUUGCACUGUCGGACAUUCCCUUUGAGUUCCCCACGAUCAACGAGGACUAUUCGAUGCAGCAGGCAUGCUAUGUUUAUGGUACCAGUAUGCGCGAUGGUACAUUUGAUGCUGGGUUGGGAAAGGCUGCUAAGAUCGAUGCGCUGGUUAAAUUGGAUGCGCAGGCGUUGAUACGUAAGGGCAAGGCGAUGUGGAGCCAGGGUCGAUUGAAGGCUGGAGACAGUGUGGACACGAGGACGGUGGAAGAGGUGUUGACGGCUCAGCGAGAUGGAAGUGCCUCGCCGGAAGAUCCGAUAAAGAUCUUCGAGAUGCCCAGAGGGUGGUAUGCGCAGGAAACCACCUUCGUCCCACGUCGUAGCAGUACAAAUGAAACAUCGCAAGAAGACGAUGGUUGGCUCGUCUGCUACGUGUUCGACGAAGCGACCGGUCUUCACCCAUCCACAGGCGAAGUUCUUCCUGGCGCCUCCAGCGAGCUGUGGAUCAUAGACGCAAAGCUCAUGUCCCGCGUCGUUUGUCGCAUCAAACUCCCCCAGCGUGUACCCUACGGUCUUCACGGAACGCUGUUCACUGAAGAACAGAUCGCUUCGCAGAAACCCAUCGAUCCAUCCCAGGUUCGCAGCUGGGCUUUGUCGAUCAACCUUGCCGAUCCCUUCUCGUCGUCUGCGUUGGGCUCAACGGUGUACAGCGCUGCGGGUAAAGCUGCGACGAGCAAAUUCAAGAACAGAGAGGAGACAUAUGCUGCCUUCAUCAAGGAUCCAAUCCGCAUUGGCGCUUGGUGGGUCAAGCGCAACAUCGAGCUGCUGAUUGCUUAA